AAUCAGCUUGCUUGCUGGCACGGUACAGGCCUUCCUUCUUGCUCAAACACUAUGGCUCUCUCUGUCCUCACAUCAGGUUCUUCUCGGCAGAUAUCCUCCUAUAGUAUGGGAGGUGGAGGUGGGGGAUCUGUUAGACUGUCAAGUGGUGUAGGCUUCAGUGGUGGUUCCAAGUUCGCUGGAGGUUAUAGUGGAGGGGGUUAUAGUGGAGGGGGUUAUAGUGGAGGGGGUUAUAGUGGAGGGGGUUAUAGUGGAGGGGGUUUUGGUGGAGGAAGCCUUGCUGGAGGAUAUGGUGCUGGCAUGGGUGGUGGCUUUGCCAGUGGCAGUUUUGCAGGUGGCUUUGGUGGUGGCUUUGGCGUGGGAGGAGGAGAUGGAGGUCUCCUCACAGGCGAUGAGAAGCAAACCAUGCAGAAUCUUAAUGACCGCCUUGCUAACUAUUUGGGCAAAGUACAUGCUCUUGAAGAGGCAAAUGCUGAGCUAGAAGUCAAAAUCAAGGAAUGGUAUGCCAAAUUCAGCACCCCUGACACUGAUCGAGAUUACAGCAAGUAUUUUAACAUCAUUGAAGAUCUUCGGAACCAGAUAUGUCGACAUACAAUUGAGAAUGCUGGGAUUGUAUUACAAGUUGAUAAUGCUCGACUAGCUGCUGAUGAUUUCAAACUUAAGUAUGAAAAUGAGUUGUUCCUACAUCAAAAUGUGGAGAGUGAUAUCAAUGGCUUACGCAGAGUCUUGGAUGAUCUAACCAUGAAUAAAUCAGAUCUAGAGUUGCAGAUUGAGAGCCUGAAUGAGGAACUUCUCUACCUGAAGAAGAACCACGAAGAGGAAUUGAUGAGUUUCCGAGGAAUUACCAGUGGUGAUGUCACUGUGGAAAUGGAUGCUGCUCCUGGAGUUGAUUUGACUAAACUUCUGAAUGAUAUGAGAGCCCAAUACGAAGAACUUGCAGACAAAAACCGGAGAGAAGCAGAAGAACAGUUCAAUAAACAGGUUGGAGCAUUGAGGCAAGAGAUAUCUGCCAAUGUGGACCAACUGAGUUCAAGCAAAAGUGAAGUUACUGAACUGAGGCGUACCAUGCAAGGCUUGGAACUGGAGCUUCAGGCUCAGAUUGCUAUGAAACAAUCCCUUGAAGGCACUUUAGCAGAAACAGAAAGAAAUUACUGUGAUCAGCUUGGCCAAAUGCAGGCUCAGAUCAGCAGUUUGGAAGAACAACUUCUGCAGAUCCGGUCGGAUAUGGAAAACCAAAAUGCCGAAUAUCAGCAACUGUUAGGAAUAAAGACACGUCUGGAAAAGGAGAUUGAGACCUACCACCGCCUAUUGGAAGGAGAAGCGGGAGGAUAUUCCACAACUGUCUACAGUUCAGGACCUCCUAUGAAAGAGUCAACAAAAACCAGAAUGGUUAAAACAAUCGUAGAGGAAAUGGUGGAUGGCAGAGUGGUUUCUUCCCAAGUCAAAUCAGUUGAAGAGAAGCCAUCGAGUAAAUUACAAAAAUAACUUUCCAUUUUAUAAACUUUCUAACACAGAAGCAAGAAAAAACUUCUUCAAAAGCUAGACUUAGAAAUCAUUCUUUUUUUAAAAAGCAAUAAGUUUUUUCUUUAAAACUUUCUAAUUUCUAUCUACUUUUUUAUGCAAGUUUCUAAAAUACACCUCAAAAUGUGCUUUCUUUUAGCUUGAGUAGCAUAAUAAACUUUUUCACUAUUUGCAA